AUGGGUGUGUUUGAUUUUCGAACGGAUAACUUGGUCAAUACGCCGUUACGAAGAGCAAGAAAACUUCAGGAUGCCCUGAAACCUGCCAUUCGUGCUAGGUUAGUACCAUGUCGCCUCACCACUUAUGAUGAUGUUCUUGAAACUGCAUUAGCUAUAGAAGCGAAUUGGAUCAAAAACCAAAAGGAAAGGGAGCCGAGAGAUCUCAAGAGGAACCAGAAGACGGACCCAUCGACUCAUCGAAAACGUCCACGUACAGAUAACAUUGGGAAAGUCGUUGCACCAAAACCUUGUUUUCACUAUGGGGUAGUGGGUCACUACGCGAGGGAUUGUCCUAAGUCGAAGCCACCUGGACAACUAAAUGCAAUCUCAGGGUGUUAUCGUUGCGGGAAGGAUGAUCAUUUUUUAAGGGAGUGUCCUUUACCUGCACCACCUAGGCCACCAACUCAGAAUCAGUUUCAGAAUGCUCCAAGGCCGAAUUUCCAAGCACGACAACCAUACAAGCCGCGAAACAAUGCACCACCCUUCCAGCCAAGACUUUUGUUUGAUUCUGGAGAUACUCAUUCGUUCAUAUCAUUACAUUUAGCUGCUUAUCUCGGUUUGAAACCAGUACCCAUGGGGUUUACUUUGAAUGUCGCUUCACCGCUAGGAAAUGUAGUGUCCCUUAGUAAAUUUUGCAAGGAUUGUGAAAUAACUUUUGGUGACUAUAAAGUGAAAAUAGAUUUGAUACCGAUGAGGCUCCAAGAUUAUGAUGUCAUUAUUGGUAUGAACUGGUUGUCACAAAACCAAGUUAUACUAGAAUGUUUCGAGAAGAAGAUCUAUUUCCAAUCAUCGGAUGGAAGUCGAGUGUCUGUCCAAGGAGAAAGGUGGAAAGUCAUAAAUCCAUCCUUACCAGGGAUGAAAAGGAGGGAUGAAACCGAAGAACACAUAGCUUAUCUUGCUCACCUGAGUAAAGAAGGGGAUAGCAUUGUGGUAGAUGAAGAGUUACCGGUAGUUUGA